AUGGGUAAGAGAAAGAAUAAGGAUUCUUCGGAUUAUAUUAAAGCAAAGAUACGGAAGUUGGAAAAACGUCUACGCCGACGCCGGGAAAGUUCGUGCAGUAGUGAUAAAUCGCCUUACGCUUAUUGGGACUUAUCCCCGACCCUACAAUCUGUGGCUGAAAGUCCAGAGGAGUCGCCCCCCAAUAGUCCUAACAUAAAGUCAGCCAUUGUUGAUCCGGGGCCAUCCACAAGCAAACAAGAUGAAUGUCCUGUUAUAGCCACCCCAGUCGACGAGCCCAAUGAUAGGAUUCCUAUCGAUAUACUUGACAUUUUGGGAGAAUCUAAGAAAAAAAUGGAGGUUUUUGGACCAAGAAUUCAAGAAGAGAUAUCUAAACGUUGGGGGCGGAUCUUGUGUGAGGGGCUGAAGAGAGAACAGAAAAAGGAGAUUACCGAGAACAUUUUGGUACCCGAAAAUUUUCAGUUAGUCAAAGCCCCCAAGUUAAACCCCGAAAUCGCAGCUGUUACAAACGAUUCUACAAAAAAUCGCGAUAAGCGUUUAGAAGGGGCACAAGCAUAUCUUGGUCUAGGUAUAGCUGCUUUGACAAAUAUAAUAUCAUCACUUAUCGAGAAAGACCUGGACAAGGUAGACCUAAUUAAACGCCUUUCUGAGGUCAACAAAAUCUUACUGGACUUACACUUUGAAAACACAUCAAAUAGACGUAAAUUAAUUACAUAUUCUUUAGACAAAAAAUUCUUGGAUAUGAUUCAAGACGUAGAAAGAGAUUCCCUUCUUUUCGGUGAAAAUCUUACCGAUAAGAUAAAAGCCUCUAAAUCUGCUGAGAAGUCAGGUCUACAGAUUAAGAAGACAAAUUUUGCGGAAGUUUCGACGUCUAAAAAGACUACAGGACAACAGGGAAACUGGAGGGGCCCUCCCCGUCAAAAUCAACGUGGCAAUCGACGGGGCGGGGCCAAAACUCGACCGAUUUGUCGCCCAGCGAAGACAUCAGCUCCGACCACAGAUCGACGCCAAGAGACAUCGAAGACUCGUGCGAGACCUCGCUCCAGGACACGAUAGAGGGAACCUCACCCUCGAUGGAAGACACUUACCCUGGUAUCAUGUCAAUUGUCAGGACGAUAUUCGGACGACGCUCACUUCACCCAGCAACAAUCAAUAUAAUAAUAUCGUCUUUAUCUAAUAACUCUCUCAAACAGUAUAAUGUUGCAUUAAAAAAGUGGUGGCAUUUUUGCAUUGAAAAGAAUUGUGAUCCUUUACAUUAUAAUUUACCCGUAAUGCUAGAAUUCUUAACCGUUAUAUUUAACAGCGGUAUUAGCUACUCCAGUUUAAAUACAUAUCGUUCUGCACUCGGUUUAGUUUUCGGUAAAUCAUUUAGUGAAAAUGACAUAGUCGUUCGGUUUUUGAGAGGUGUAUUUAGAUCCCGACCUAGCUUCCCAAGAUACCAAUCCACCUGGGAUCCUAAUACCGUGCUUGAUUUUGUUGCUCAAUUUUUUCCCA